AGGUAGAAGAAGAGAACAGCGGAAGAUGAUGCUCUAGUUUCGUUUCCGAUUGACCCAUUUAGCUUCUCGCAUUAGCAUCACUUUAAUAACCAUCACGUCCAAAAAUGGAAUUGACCGUUCUUAAUUUUUGCACUUUACAUUUUUUGAAAGCGGGUUUUUGAUUUUUCACCCGAGAAGCGAUACGAAACGAAGGAGCGUCGCCAGCUUGAAGCGUAGCCAAAUAGACUAGCUGUUGUUAGCCACUUUGAUUUAGCUGGGCUAGCUGCGAUUAAAAUGAACUGUCAAACGUUGACUGCGUUGUGAAGUGGUUCGUGCGCUUUGGGCUGUGUGUGUUAGCUGGCGGGUUAUUAACGAUUGCUGGCUGAUUGACGCUCACACAUUUAGCUAUUUUAGCUUAGCUAGGUUCAGCCUCGCAGCUCCCGUGGAUGUUCAGAGUGUCAGGAAGUGACUCUUCAGCCCCAUGUCUGCUGAGGCUUCAGUUGGCAGUCAUGCCGCCGACUCUGCCCAGUCUGCUGUUUCCCAGCCUGCCUGCCACGGCACGGACGAGCACAGAAAUCAGGGGCUGCUGGGGAGCAAGUACGUCAAGUUAAAUGUGGGUGGCUCUCUGCAUUAUACAACGGUCCAGACAUUAAGCAAGGAAGACAGCCUGCUGCGGAGCAUAUGCAAUGGAGGAACAGAGGUUACCAUAGACUCAGAAGGUUGGGUUAUUUUGGACAGGAGUGGCAGACAUUUUGGACUGGUUUUGAACUUCCUGCGAGAUGGCUCAGUACCACUGCCAGAGGACCACAGAGAGCUGGAUGAGGUUCUGAAGGAGGCCCAGUACUAUCAGGUCCAGGGACUCAUCCAGCACUGCCUCAGUGCCAUGCAGAAACAAAAGGAUGUCUUUGAAAGUGUGUGUCGCAUCCCCAUGAUCACCUCAGCUAAAGAAGAACAGAAGAUGAUCGCUACUUGUAGAAAGCCGGUAGUUAAACUGCAGAACAACAGAGGAAACAACAAAUACUCUUACACCAGCAACUCUGAUGAUAACCUGCUCAAGAACAUCGAACUGUUCGACAAACUCGUGCUGAGAUUUAAUGGCCGGGUCCUGUUUGUCAAAGACGUGCUCGGGGAUGAGAUCUGCUGUUGGUCUUUCUAUGGCGAAGGCCGCAAGAUUGCUGAAGUGUGCUGCACAUCCAUUGUCUAUGCUACAGAGAAGAAGCAGACCAAAGUUGAGUUUCCAGAGGCUCGAAUCUUUGAAGAAACCCUCAAUAUCCUCAUCUACGAGAAUGGCCGAGGGUCUGGUCCGGGAGGCUUGCACCUUUUAGAUUCAAGAGGCUCGGGUUCGUCGCUGGGCGCCGGCCAGUCGGAGGAGGAGGGCGCCAUGGGAGGGGACAGACGGGUGAGACGGAUCCACGUAAGGAGACAUAUAAUGCACGACGAAAGAGGGCACGGUCAGCAAACUGUGUAUAAGGACUAAUAAUGUGAAAACGAGAGGCAUGGGCGAGUGACUUGGUGUAUGUUCAUUGUUUCAUGAAUGCUAGAGUGAGAGAGAUGUCCUCGAUCAUAGCAAUAGCUUGGUAGUUGGCUGUUUCAUUAAAUGUCUAUAGACGUCACUGCAGAAAUAUAGGGGUUGAUGACUGAUUUGAAACUGAAGUAAGAGUCGUAUGGAGAUGAGAAAUGCGUCUGUUUACAAGAAAAACAACUUGUGUACAUUAUUUAAAUAGGAAAUACUUAGAGAUACCUGGGACACGAAACUCGCAUAAAUAUUACUUUGCAAAUAUUAAGGAACCUCCUGAAAGUUAGUGAAUGGGCCUCAAAGCCCACCUCCCACCUCAGAGGUGGAUUUUAUUCCUGGACGGCCUACUGUGAAUGUAGGUGUUGAUGAUAUGCACUGGCAGCGUCUUGUGUGUCUGACUUGUAGGAAACACUGUGUCCGUCAGUUUAUUCAGGUUGUGAAACAUCUGUUGCCUUUUCAUAAGUUGGCCUGAGAAGCUGCCCAACAGUGACGAACAGAGGAUGUUGAAGUUUCACUUAGACAUGUUAACACUGGAAUAAAACUGAGUAGCCAUUUUUUUUUUUUUUUUUUUUUUUUUUUUUUUUUUUUUUUUAGUGAGGUUGUCCAUGAAUGAGAUUGUUGAGCAGCUCAAUUUUCUUUAUUUAAAUUUUUACUGCUGUUGCUUCGAGAUGUUUUUUAUUAAUUAAUUUAUGAACCUAAUUUAUUGUUUGGUAUUUAACUUUUGUAUUGUAUGCAAUCUUUGUGUUCAUUAGUGCUCAGCUGAAUUUUAAUUUUUGGAAUGACAUGAUGCACUCUAUAGCACACACCAGACUUUGAAUUUACUCCUGUAAAUGACUAAAUCGUGAACUUACAUUUCAGUUCUAGUGUUUCAAAAGGAACAGAGACCAUUUCUUUGAUAUUGUAUUUCAUUCUGAGCCAUGAUUUUUCACUUUCGCUUUAUGUCUUAUACCAAAACCACUGAAAUUUGUGCAAAGUAAUAGGCCAUACACUGAUGAUAAAAUCAAUUAAUAUUGGGUUGUAUUUUUAUUUCCCUCAGGGAGAUGACAAGUGUUUUCUUUCUAUUAUUCACCGGUGUCUUGUGGAAACCUAAUCACUUUGAAUACUGAAAAAAAUAUUGAAUGAGAGCAAUAUGUAUCUCAGACCCUUUAUAAAAAUCUCUUUGGAAUACCUUAAAAUAUGCACUAAUACAACUUCCGUCCUGUAGUGGUCAUGGGAAUGUCCUAAAUAAAUUACUGAUGAAAUCCAA